GUCGAGACUCUCCGGAGGCAACUUACCCCCUUGCAGGGUUGCUCGAUCGCUCUCUCACUCCCCGUCGAUCGAGUUGUCCGUGGCCAAAAGUUUCGCCCACAGAUCCCACCGGAUCCGAUCGUCUGUCACCGUAUUCCAGAUCCGGAGCCCUGGUUGUCGCCUUAAUAGUACAAGACCGGAGCUCCUCUCGCCGGGGCUCCGAUGGAGGAGGCACUGGAGAUGGCGCGGGCCAAGGACACUAAGGAGCGGAUGGCCGGGGUGGAGCGGCUCCACCAGGUGCUGGAGAGCACCACCAGGAGCCUCUCCGUUUCCGAAGUAACCACCCUCGUCGAUGCCUGCAUGGAUCUCCUCAAGGACACCAACUUCCGGGUCUCCCAGGGCGCGCUCCACGCGCUGUCCGCCGCCGCAGUGCUCUCCGGCGAACACCUUAAGCUCCAUUUCAACGGGAUCGUACCGGCCGUCGUCGAGAGGCUCGGGGACGGGAAGCAGCCCGUGCGGGACGCCGCACGGCAGUUUCUGGUCACUCUCAUGGAGGUUUCCUCCCCAACAAUCAUUGUUGAAAGAGCUGGUAGUUACGCAUGGACACACAGGAGUUGGAGAGUGCGAGAAGAGUUUGCACGAACUGUUACUACAGCUAUUGGACUUUUUGCUUCAACUGAGCUCCCUCUUCAGCGAGUCCUUCUUCCUCCUGUUUUGCAGUUGUUGACUGACUCUAACCAAAGUGUUAGAGAUGCUGCUACUUCAUGCAUAGAGGAGAUGUAUACACAGGUUGGACCUCAGUUUCGUGAGGAAUUGCACCGUCACCAUCUUCCUUCUUCCAUGAUGAAAGAGAUUAAUAUCAGGUUAGAAAAAAUAGAACCGAAGAUCCAGCCGUCGGAUAGAAUUGGAAGUCCUCACAUUUCAGCUGAAACUAGAUCAUCUUCUGCAAGCCAUAAGAAGAGCAGCCCAAAGAACAAGAUAGCUCCCAAAGAAAUUUCAUUUUCUAGUGGUGAAAUUGAUGCUACUGAAAAGCUUGUGGCACCUAUUAAAGUGUACUCUGAAAAGGAGCUGAACAAGGAAAUGGAAAGAAUUGCAUCUACACUAGUGCCAGACAAAGAUUGGUCACUUCGCAUUGCUGCUAUGCAGAGAGUUGAAGGCCUUGUCUUUGGAGGCGCUGGUGAUUAUCCAUCUUUUCUUACACUCCUAAAGCAACUAGCAACUCCUCUAAGCACUCAGCUAUUGGAUCGACGUUCUAGCAUUGUGAAACAGGCCUGCCAUCUUCUGAGCUUAUUAUCCAAGGAACUAUUGGGGGACUUUGAAACUUGUGCUGAGAUGUUCAUUCCGGUACUUUUAAAGCUUGUUGUAAUAACUGUCCUUGUGAUCGCUGAGUCUGCAGAUACCUGCAUAAAAACAAUCCUGCGUAAUUGUAAAGUUGCCCGUAUACUCCCUCGGAUAGCUGAUACUGCAAAGAAUGACAAGAGUGCAGUUCUUCGUGCUAGGUGUUGUGAUUAUGCACUUCUAGUACUGGAGUACUGGGCUGAUGCUCUGGAAAUACACCGUUCAGCAGACCUCUAUGAAGAUCUAAUCAAAUGUUGUGUUGCAGAUGCAAUGAGUGAGGUUCGUUCAACUGCCCGAACUUGCUAUCGGAUGUUUACCAAAACAUGGCCAGAGCGUUCCCAGCGACUUUUUUUGUCAUUUGAACCAGCAAUACAAAGGAUAAUAAAUGAAGAGGAUGGAGGAUUACAUAAAAGAUAUGCUUCUCCUUCCCUUCGUGAAAGGGGAGUGCAGUUAACUCAUGCCCCAUCACGAACCACUAUUACAAGUGUAACUGGAUAUGGUACCUCUGCUAUUGUCGCAAUGGACAAGAGUGCAACUGUUUCUACAGGGACAUCUCUUUCCUCAGCUAGCUUCCUAUCACAAUCAAAGACACUUGGGAAAAAUACGGAAAGAACCCUUGAGACUGUGCUUCAUUCAAGCAAACAGAAGGUGUCAGCUAUUGAAAGUUUAUUGAAAGGUGUGAGUUUAUUGGGGAAGCAAAACUUCUCAAGUGCACGCUCAACCAGUUUGGAUCUAGGAGUUGAUGCUCCAUCUACCUGUGAUCCAUCAGUUUCUGCUAGUUUUCCUUCUUCAAAUCUUUUCUCUAUACAGAGUUCAUCAUUGGUUGGUUCAACAAUUGAAAACAUUACGAAAGGCAGUAAUAGAAAUGGUGGUUCAAACAAGUCCGAGCUACUGACUUCCCAGGUCCAAUUGACUAGAGACCCUUCAAAAUUCUCUUACCUCAGUGAUAUAACAUCUGAUACCCUAUCCUCUUUGUCAUUAUCUCAUGUGAAAAGAUCUGACCAGUUGCAAGAAGGAAGUGGUAGAGAAGAUAAUGUUGAUCUCAGGUUAAGUAGGCCAAUUUCAAAUAUGCAAAUUGAUAAACAGUAUAUGGAGAUCCCGUACAAAGAUUCUCUCUAUAGGGACUCACUAUGUAGUUACAUUCCUAACUUUCAGCGCCCUCUUCUAAGGAAGCAGGUGACAGGAAGGACUAUUACAAAUAGAAACAGUUUUGAUGAUGGCCAAAUCCCAUCAAGUGUAACAUCUAGCUGCAUGGAUGGUCCAGCAUCGCUAAAUGAUGCACUUACAGAGGGACUAAGUGCUAGCUCAGAUUGGGUAGCUAGGGUUUCUGCCUUUAAUUAUCUCCGAAAUUUGUUGCAGCAAGGCCCAAGAGGUAUUUUAGAAAUUACACAGAAUUUUGAGAAGGUUAUGAAAUUAUUCUUUCGGUACUUGGAUGAUCCUCACCAUAAAGUUGCACAGGCAACUUUUUCAACCCUUGCAGAGAUCAUUCCAGCAUGCAGAAGGCCUUUUGAGAGUUACCUAGAAAGGACCUUACCACAUGUCUUUUCAAGAUUAAUUGACCCAAAGGAACUGGUUAGGCAACCAUGUUCAACAACAUUGGAGAUAGUUGGUAAGGUGUACAGUGUUGAUUCUCUUCUUCCAGCAUUUAUUCGUUCUUUGGAUGAGCAGAGGUCUCCAAAAGCAAAGUUAGCCGUUCUUCAGUUUGCGAAUAAUUCCUUCAGUAAACAUACAAUAAACUCCGAUAAUUAUAGUAAUAAUGGCUUUCUUAAGCUAUGGCUUGGUAAGUUAGCACCUUUGGUAAAUGAAAAAAAUGUGAGGCUUAAGGAAGCAUCAAUCGCUGUCAUCAUAUCAGUUUACUCCCAUUUUGAUUCAACAUCAGUCUUGAAUUUUAUUCUGAGUCUUUCCAUUGAAGAACAAAACUCAUUGAGACGGGCACUUAAGCAGUACACACCCCGUAUAGAAGUUGAUCUUAUGAACUUCUUGCAGAAUAAGAAAGAACGCCAACGUUCAAAAUCCUUUUAUGAUCAAUCAGAUGGUGUUGGAACUUCUUCCGAGGAAGGUUAUUUUUGUGGAUCAAAGAAAGGCCCUCAUCUCAGUCGUUAUUCAGUUGAUGGUGAUAGUGGGAGGAAGCAGAGUUCGAAUCAGGAAACUAUCAAUGUUGAUGCCUCUAUUUGUUAUAUGGCUUCUGAUGAAAUUAGUUAUUCCUCCAAGAACCUUGAUGGUUACACUUCUGACCCUUCAUUGCAAGGUACUGGGUCAGGUACUAAGUGCUUAAAGAAAACAAAUUAUAUAUUUGAGCAUGAGAGUUCUGUGUCAACACCACGUCUAGAUAUCAGUAGACUGGUCAGUUCCAAUGAACAUAAAGCUAUUGACUUGAAUCAUGGUGGUGGAAAUAGUAAAGAUUCUGAGCUCAAUCAUGAGACGCUUAGUUCUGCAACGGUGAACUGCCAUGUAGAUCUUGGGCCUAGCAUUCCCCAACUUCUUCAUCAGAUUUGCAAUGCAAGUGAUGUUAACUCAAGUUCAGACAAAAGGGUGGCACUGCAGCAGUUGGUUGAAGUUUCGCUAAAUAAUGAUAGCUCUAUCUGGACAAAGUAUUUCAAUCAGAUCUUGACAGCUGUGCUUGAUGUGUUAGAUGAUUCUGAUCCUUCAAUACGGGAGGUUGCUCUUUCUCUGAUUUUUAAAAUGCUUAAUAAUCAGAAAAACGAGAUGAAAGAUUCUGUUGAAAUUGUUAUUGAAAAACUGAUUCAUGUCACUAAAGAUGUGUUCGUAAAGGUCUCAAAUGAAGCUAACCAAUGCUUGAAUAUUGUCUUAUCUGAAUUCGAUCCACUUAGAUUCCUUAAUGUCAUUGGACCUUUAUUGAUCAGCGAUGAUGAAAAGACCCUGGUUAUUUGCAUCAACUGUUUAACCAAGGUUGUUGGCCGACUUCCACAUGAAGAUUUGAUGAAACAUUUGCCAUCAUUUUUGCCUGCCUUGUUUGAUGCAUUUGGAAACCAAAGUACAGAUGUGAGGAAGACUGUUGUUUUCUGUUUGGUGGAAAUUUACAUCCUACUUGGCAAGUCAUUUUUACCAUAUUUGGAGGGCCUUAGUAGCACACAGUUACGCCUCGUGACAAUCUAUGCCAACCGAAUUUCCCAAGCAAGAUCUGGAGCUCCAGUUGAUGCUAACAAUUGAGUAUGUGUUGUUUUGUCUUGUUUGUUCUGGGUGUUUGUAUAGUGUAAUAACAUUCCCAAUCAUUGGGGUUAGUAAGGUUUUUCUGAUUGAUUGGUUCUCAGGGUUUGGUGGGGAUGAGUGAGGGCUUAUUGUUGCCGUACAUAAGCAUGUACCUCAAGCUUCUAUGGAUCUUGUAAUACUGGGUGCUCGGUGAUCACAGGUUGGUGAUCUUAAAAUGGGAUAUAUCUGGAAUCGUUUCUAUUA